AUGACUGAACGUUUGAUGAAGGAGAAAAUUAAGAAACGGGAGCGCAUGUUUGUAUCACUCAAAAGGCAUGAACAAUUUCUUGAAAAGUAUAAUCAUGAAAAUCAGAGUGGGCAGGUUCAGAGUCGGCUGGACAAAUUGGACGAGAAAAUGGCUGCGUUUGAACAACUUCAGGAAGAAAUUGCUGACAUGGACGAAGAUGAGCAGAACGAGGAGGAGAUCAACAAAGCUUCAACAAAGUUUGAGAAUCAGUACUACGAGCUACGAGCAGCGCUAUUGAUGAAAAUCACUCCGCCUGUAGCAACUCCACCUCCGCUGGAUACGACGCGGAACAUCGCAGGUGGUUUUCAUUCAGGAGUUCGAUUACCUCAAAUCUCAUUGCCAGAUUUUGACGGUGAUUAUCGAGUCUACGGACCUACGUAUUCAAAACUUCAUUAUUUGAAGUCGGCGCUCAAAGGUGAAGCGGCGAAAUUGAUCGAAUCGUUGACGAUCACCAGCGGAAACUAUGUGAUAGCGUGGGAAACAAUCACAAAACGUUACUCCAACGAAUAUCUCCUGAAGAAACGACAUUUGCAAGCCCUAAUGGAGUACCCAAAAAUUGAAAAGGAAUCAUCGACUGCAAUUCACGGUUUGGUGGACGAGUUUGAGCAACGCUUGAAAAUUCUCAAACAGCUAGGAGAGAAGACAGACACCUGGGGAGCGAUGAUCGUGCACUGGAUGUGUUCGAAGCUGAAUGGCCAAUCGCUGCAACUGUGGGAGGAUCAUGCUGCGUCGCUGGAAGAACCAAGUUUUACGGAUUUGGUGAAAUUUCUGGAGAAAAGAACGCGUGUAUUGGAAGCUGUAUCGUCGAAUGCAUUAGAGCCAAACAGAUCAACUCAAAAAUCGACAGGAAAGGUCUUCAAACAGAUGGUUCAUGCUGCUACAGGAAAUGAACGAGAACGGAUGUCUUCAUCGGUGGCUUGCCCAUGCUGCGGGGAAAAUCACUACAUGGCUCGUUGUGCGAAGUUCAUUAUGCUGGGUCUUAAAGAGAAAUUGGAGUUGGUGAAUAACAAACGUUUAUGUAGCAAUUGUUUUCGGACUGGACAUUGGGUGCGGGAAUGCAAGUCUACUUUCAACUGUCGCACAUGUGGAAGGAAACAUCAUUCGCUGAUUCACCCUGGAUUUCCUCCAGGUAACAGUAAUGCUGGGAUCAUUGGGAUGGCUGGGACAUCUACUAGGACAACCGAGCAUCAAGGAACAACAACAAACGUCGUAAUUAACGAACAACCAUCGGAGAAUUGCGAGGUGGCGCAAGAUGAGCCAGUUGGGACGUAUAAUGUAGGAAGAUCAGGAGCAACUUCUACUGUCUUCUUGUCAACUGUAGUACUGGUGAUUCGGGAUCAAAGCGGAAACAAGCAAUUAGCUAGGGCCUUACUCGACAAUGGGUCACAAGCGAAUUUAAUGAGCGAGCGAAUGUGUCAAAUUUUGAAGCUGAAGCGACGUUCAGUGAAUGUUCCAGUUUACGGAAUUGAUGAGUCUGAAACAAGGGCGAAACAUGCAGUUAGCACCAUCAUCAGUUCUAGAGUGGCAGAAUUUUCGGUGGGUGUGGAUUUCUUAAUACUACAACGGGUCACUUCUAAUCUGCCUGCUGCAACUGUAUCAACAUCACAAUGGAAGAUUCCAGAGCAUUUACCCUUGGCUGAUCCAAAUUUCAACGAUGCAAGUCGGAUCGAUCUAUUGAUCGGUGCGGAACAUUUUUAUCAAUUUUUCUAUGAACGUGAAAUGAAGCGAGUCUCUCUGGGUCCAGGACUUCCCAAUUUGGUACAGACAGUCUUUGGUUGGGUAGUUUCAGGAAGGUAUUCAGCACGAGGUAAUCAACCGAUCAACUGUUGUCUAGCAACAUCGCCGGAUAAUUUAGAAAUCGCACUGGAAAGAUUUUGGAAAGUGGAGAGUACGGAAGAUCAACCCUUGUGGUCCAAACAGGAACAAGAUUGCGAGACACAUUUCUUGGAAACUCAUAGCCGUUUGGAGGACGGUAGAUACGUUGUUCGUUUACCAAAGCACGUCAAUUUCAACCGAAUGAUUGGGGAAUCGAGGAAAAUGGCGUUGGAGCGAUUUCUGAAAAUGGAAAAACGAUUGGAACGAGAUGCGGAAAUGAAAAUUCAAUAUCAUGCCUUCAUGCAGGAGUAUGCUAACCUUGGGCACAUGAAGAAGGUAACAAAUGAAGACACACUGAGGGAGAAUGCAAGUUCUGGAGCGCAGAAGGUGCUAUACCUGCCUCACCAUGCGGUGUUGAAGGCAUCAAGCAGCACGACCAAAGUGCGCGUUGUGUUCGACGGAUCAGCGCGCACAAACAGCGGAUACUCUUUGAACGAUGCUUUAUUGAAAGGACCGAUAAUCCAGGACGAGCUUUUGAGUCUUCUACUGCGUUUCCGUAAGCAUGAAAUCGCAUUGGUAGGAGACGUGGAAAAAAUGUACAGGCAAGUUCGCGUACAUCAGGAUGAUACAAGCCUUCAACGAAUCCUUUGGAGAUUUUCGGCCGAUGAACCUAUUUGCGAAUACGAAUUGCUUACAGUCACCUACGGAUUAACACCAUCAUCAUUUCUUUCCAUUCGAGCGUUGCAUCAGUUAGCAGUAGACGAGGGGGCUGAAUUUCCUGUUGCUAGUGCGGCUUUGAUCCAUGAUUUUUAUGUAGACGACUACAUCGGCGGGGCAUCCAGUGUUGCCAAUGCAACUCAAUUGCGGGAAGAUUUGACGAAAUUGAUGUCCAAAGGCGGUUUUGUACUGAGGAAAUGGUGCUCGAAUUGUCCGGAGGUACUGAAGGACGUCCCUGCAGAUCAGCUAGGAACGCAUCUGUCGAUUACAUUCGAUUUGAAUCCAGAUGAGGAGGUGAAAACAUUAGGAAUAACAUGGGAGCCAAGAUCUGAUCAAUUGAGAUUCAACAUGGAGGUUGCAGUCGACAGCGUAGCGUGGACAAGGAGACGAAUUCUUUCGUGCAUUGCGAAGCUAUUUGAUCCUCUAGGAUUAAUAUCGCCAAUAGUCGUUUAUGCGAAGAUAAUUAUGCAGCAGCUUGCUUUAUUGCAAACUAGUUGGGAUUCUCCUGUUCCAAUGGAAUUAGAGAAAAGGUGGACGGCUUUCUACAACGAAUUAAACAAUUUGUCGAAACUACGAGUUCAGCGGUUUGCCUUCAUAUCUUAUUGGAACGAUGUUCAGAUCCACUGUUUUGCAGAUGCAUCAGAAUCAGCUUAUGGAGCCUGUUUGUACGUUCGUACAAUGGAUGCCACUGGAAAUAUACAUAUCGAAAUGCUGUCUUCGAAAUCCCGUGUAGCUCCAUUAAAAAGGCUUACUCUACCACGUUUGGAGUUGUGUGCUGCUAAGGAGGCAGCUACUCUAUACUCUAAGGUCAUUAAGGCAAUCGACCUGGGCCAAGUUCGCUCCACAUUUUGGUCUGACUCAACAAUUGUGCUUCACUGGCUUCAAGCUCCUCCAAAUACUUGGAAGACCUUUGUUGCCAAUCGAGUCUCGACCAUUCAAACUAUAACACAAGGUCAUCGUUGGCGACACAUAGCUGGAAAGGAAAACCCUGCUGACUUGGUAUCCCGAGGAUUGACCGUCAACGAUUUUCUUCAGAACCUGUUGUGGAAAAAUGGACCAUCUUGGCUACGAAACCCAGAGGAUUCCUGGCCAUCUCAAACUCUGGAGAUCAGUUGCACGGAUGUCGAUAUGGAGACUAGAAAGUUAGUAACACACAUUACAACUACGUCAACGGAACUCAACGAAAUCUUCACGAUCCGGUCAAAAUUGGAGGCACUUCUACGUAUUGUCGCUUACUGCAUUCGAUUUGGUCGCAAUUGCCGUGCUCCUGAUCAAAGAAAUCGCUCUCCGUGUUUGACUGUAGAAGAGAUUUCUGCUGCUAAAUUAGCCUUGGUCAAACUAGCCCAAGCUGAGAGUUUUGAAAUCGAGCUUGAACAUUUGGAGAAACAUCGGAAUGUCAAUCGCAAGUCUUCACUUAGGCGUCUCUCACCUUUUCUCGACAAAGCCAGGGUGAUUAGAGUUGGAGGACGUUUACGUCAUGCAAAUCAGGAAUAUAGCAUGAAGCAUCCUGCAGUUCUUCCAAGCAUGCAUCCCUUAACAAAGUUGCUCGUCGACUAUUAUCAUCGGCAAACAAUUCAUGGAGGACGCCAGUUAACACUCUCCACAAUGAGGCAAGAAUUCUGGCCUAUUCAUGGAAAACGCGUAGUCGACUGCGUUCUACGAAAGUGCUACCGCUGCUUCCGCAUAAACCCCACACCGGUACAACAACCAACAGGCCAGCUUCCGGGCACGCGAGUCCGUCCAAGCAGGCCUUUCUCCAUUACAGGAGUGGACUAUUGCGGUCCAUUUUAUUUGAAACCACCGCACCGUCGUGCAGCAGCGCCUAAAUCAUACAUUUCGGUGUUCAUAUGCUUUUCAACCAAAGCCAUACAUUUGGAGAUCGUGAGCGAUUUGUCCACAGCCGGCUUUCUUUCAGCCCUUCGUCGAUUCUCAGGACACCAUGGCAUUCCAACUGAAAUUCAUUCAGAUAACGCCAAAAAUUUCGCCGGUGCCAAGAACGAAUUGCACGAUUUGUAUCAUACCCUGAAUGAUAAGUCCAGUCAAGAACGUAUCGGCAACGAACUGUCCCUGCAAGGCAUCACGUGGAAAUUUAUACCCCCUAGAGCACCGAAUUUCGGGGGUCUUUGGGAGGCAGCCGUCCGUUCUGUGAAAACCGCUCUUAAGAAGGAAAUUGGAACCCGUCAGCUUAAUUAUGAAGAUUUCUCCACGCUACUUGUCCAAAUAGCCGCAGCACUAAACUCGAGACCAUUAGCCCCACUUUCUGAUGAUCCAACAGAUCUAAACGCGCUCACACCAGCGCAUUUCUUAAUUGGCACACCGAUGAAUGCUAUACCCGAGCGCAAUCUAAUCACUACCCCAGCCAACCGCUUAGACCACCAUCAACAACAGCAGCAAAUGUUCCAAAAAUAUUGGGAUCGUUGGAGCAGAGAUUAUUUGACCGAGCUACAAACGUCCAGCAAAUAUAUACAACCCAGCCCAAUACGCAUCGGCACUUUAGUAGUAUUACGUGAAGACAACAUGCCACCGUUGUGUUGGCCUUUAGCAAGAAUCACUGAUGUCCAUCCCAGCGCAGAAGGAGUCGUUCGUGUAGUGACCGUCAAGACUGCUAGUGGAGUAUACAAGCGGCCCGUUUGCAGAAUAUGUCCACUACCAUCAGAGACCGUCAUCGAAGAGGGAUCCUCAAAUAGUUUAUAA